CUACUGUGCGUGCGUUACCGUUUCCAUGGUAACUURGACGCGAAAAGAGUUGAAAGCUGACAGAUAUCCCACCAAGAGAAAAUGUCUGCCCAAAAGAAAGGAAGCAAGCUCAGUAAGGCUGAAAAGGAGCAACUUCAGAAAGAGGAGGAUCAGAGAAGACAAAAGGAAGAGGAGGAGGCUCGACUCCUGGCUGAGAAAGAUGAGCAAGAGAGGCUGGAGAGAGAGAGAAAGGAGCAAGAGGAACAUCAGAGACUGGAGCUAAAGGACAAAGAUCGCAGAGAGGAUGAGCUGAACGAACUGCGUCAUCUACUGGAAGAGAACCAGACUGCAGUCACCAAGUGGGAGACUGACUCCAGAGCGAAAGCCAAGUGGGACAGGUACAUGCGUUGUGACGGGAGUCCAGACCCGUCAGUCCAGCAGGAGAUCAACACCUUCAUCAACCUGUGGUGCGAGGACCCAGAGGUCCAGAUCAAACCGGUUCUAAAGGAGUGUGCCCUGGCUCUACAGCUGCUAGACGAGCUGGAGGGUAUGCUGAGGGACCAGCCUGAACCAGCUGAUGCCCUGAGGUACCAGGAGACCCUGCUCUCCAUCCAGACUCUCAUCCAAUCCAAACUUGACCACAGCACUGAGGAGAUACUCAUGUGGGCCAACGCUCACUCAGACAUUGAGACGGGGAACAUGCAGACAGUGGUCCAGGAUGACAUCAUCACACUGUGUCUGUGGGCCAACCUUAACAAGAACCCAAGGUUUAAAGGGUUCCAGUUCGAGGAGGUGGGGCUGGGCUUUGAGCUGCCCAAACAGCUGGCAGUCAGUGACGUCGCUGUGAGAAUCCUCCACACCCACUACGACCACUUGUCUCACCUGGCCAACCUGAAAAGCCAGAACCCCAGCAGGAUGUCCCUAGGCCUGGGGGCCAGGGAGGAACCCCUUCUGGAGGGAGAGACCCCUGUGGGGGAGUGUGAGGAGACGGAGGGAGAUGGUGACAGGAGAGGGAGCACACAGCAGGGAGAUGCAGAGGAAGAGGUGCAGUCUGUCAGAGGGUCUGAAGGCAGGAAGAGUGCGGUGAGUGUGAUAUCUAUGAAGGAGGAGAGGAGGAGUGGUCAGAAGCAGCUGGAGGAUGUGAAACAGAAGCUGGAGGAGAAUGGGAGUCAGAUAGAUACAAUGUUAGAGGGAGAUGACUCAGGUGAGGGAGACUCCGCCCCUACCCCGAUGGACCCAGUGAUUGACAGCUAUGAGGGUCAGGUGGUUGACCUGCAGCAGUACACGCCCCUGGGAGGAGUCUUCUACUGCGAUGUCUUCCGUCUGCCGCCACAGUCCCAACAACUCAAUGGAUGGGAGAUGAGAGAGCUGUUGGACACAGGGCUGCAGCCAUUCCCCUACCCCACAGAGCAGACUCAGAUCCAGGGCUCUGCCUCCAUGAAGCUGGAGGACAGUGGGGUCCUGACCUGUCCCCCUGUAGGGGUCACAGUCACCCUGCCUGACUCUGUCCUGUUCCUGGAGGACCCCCAGGUGGCCCGCUGGGACCCUGAAGGUCAGCACUGGAAGACCGACUGCAUCAGUGAGACGUCGUACGACCAGGCAGAGCGGAAGAUCUCGUUCAAGAUGGACUCGUUCUACGCCUUCACGCUUCUACAGGACUCGUAUGCCAACAUGCCGUUCCAGAGCUGGGAGCUCAGACCACUGGGCCAGGACUCUGCCCUGCUCACCAUCACCGCAGCCCUCACUGAAGUCAGCAUCACCAUCAAGGGCAGCAAGUGUAUGCUCCAGUCAGACCAGGAGAGAGGACUGAACCACAUCCUGGGCCAGUGGAUGAGUCCCUCUGUACUGCAGAAAGCCAUGGUCAGCGCCGGGGUCAACAUCUUCGUCAACCAAUACUCCGACAAAUAUGUCAGCGUAAACGCAAAGGACCCUCUGAUAGAACACGCUGUGUAUGAACAGAUGGCCCUGCUCUCCUCUGCCUUCGCCUUCUCCUGGAGCCAGUGGAACACGCAGUGUGGCCACGAGCAUCUGGUGCUGCAGGUGUGUGAGCACCUAGACCCAGUCCCGGUCCGAGAGGACUYGUGGUGURUGUACCUGCUGGGGGCCCAGAGGAGCCAAAAGCUGAGGAUCAAGGAACACAGUGAGGCGUUCUCUCCAGAGCUGGACCCCGGCAGCGAGUUCCACUCCACCUUCCUGCACAUGCUCCGAGACGGCAUGUCCCCCGCCGGACAGGAACGACGCUCUCACCACCUGUUCAUCGAGGCCGUGCACAGACUGCUGCGUGUUACACGGCCUCUCACAUACUCCUGACUACAGUAGAUACUAGACCCCCAAGCUCUAUGUAGGAGUAGCCAACAACCACAGAUCUAGGAUCAGAUUGAACUAUUCCCGAUCAUAACUUUAACCAUUAGGGGAAAUACGUGUAUCAGGUAGGUUAGCGGCAACUUCAACCUACUCUGUGCGGAACAUCGUGGGUAUGACAGACUGCUCACUGAACUUUAUCCCUUACAACAGAUGGACCCUCAUGWAAAACCAGUUUAUUUCUGUAGAAUAAAGUUCCUUUAUUGUGUAAA